AUGCCUCCCGAGCGAACAAACAGUCAGGGGCUGCCCUCAGUCCACAUACUUGUCAUGGGUCUUACUGGUUCCGGGAAAAGCACUUUUAUCCAGAAAGCUACUCGCGAUCCCUCAAUCAAAAUAGGGGACGAUCUUCAAUCUGUCAUAACCGAAGUCCAACAUUACCCGAUGGUGCAUAACGGCUAUGAAGUUUUUCUGAUCGAUACCCCCGGAUUCGACGACGGUGUCCUGGGCGACGACGACGUGUUGAAGAAGAUUGCUGAGUUCGUCAAUACUGUCUGCAGCGUCGAAUGGACCUUCGGUGGCAUCAUUUAUAUCCACGACAUCACUCGCGUCAGAAUGGGCAAUGUUGGGACUUUGAACGUCAGGGUGUUGGAAAAAUUUGCCGGAAGAGAGAAUUACAAAAACAUCUCGCUCGUGACGAACAAAUGGGGAGAGUUGACCAGACCAGAAGUUGGACUCCAGCGCGAGAAGCAGCUGCAAGAACAUCCAAGCUAUUGGGCCGAGAUGCGCCAGACUGGCUGUCAAGCGCGGAUGUGUCGCUUCGACAACACUGAAGCGUCGGCAAAGGAGAUCAUCGACUGGCAUCUGGAACAGAGCUGUGUGCCGCGACUCACCCGGCAGAUGGUGAACGACAGAUCGACACUGGGCGGAACCGACGCCGGGCAGGUGAUUCGGCAGAGGUACGAGGCCAUUUUCUCCCGAGACGGGCGGCCGGAUCAGCUCGCCCGCAUGAACGAGAGGAUGGAAUCCACCUUCCAGGGCGAGGACGCCCGCAUGGCUGUGGACAGGCUCUUGAGAGAUCUGCACACACUCGAGAAGAUGCGAAUGCUGCAGCGCGUCGGUGCGUGGGUGGUCAGGCUGGGGACUUACGGUGGUGCAGUGCUCGCCACGGUCCUGACCGAAAAUCCAGCUGCGUUUCGAGCUGCCGUUGCAGCAGCGGGACCUCUGGAGAUGUCCUUUCGUAACAUGAAGACCAAGACGCAAGGAAGGCUGGAAGAUCUCAGACAGGAGAUCCGAACGACGGCGCUGUACGGCUCACUCAAUCACGGUGGGGGACCACAAGUGACUGAAGCUUUUGACGAGUGA